AAAAAACAUUUGUAGUCACUUUGGUCAGACUUGUUACUAUGAGCAGGGCUGGACUGAGACAAAAAAUUGUCCCUGGCAUUUAUGGUUCUCAUCUCUUCCUCACUUCUCUACAGCUAGUGCUUGCAGCAGCAGCCUCCUGUGGUAAUGAGACCUCGCUACUAGUUGCUGUUGGUACUACCGUUCACAGUGUUCCGAGACCUAAUCAAAAAUUAAUGAAACGAAAUAAAAAUAUUAGAAGCUAAAAUGGAAAAAGCAAUGCAUCUCCUAAAGCUAACCUCAGCUGAAAACAACUGAAAACUAAAACUCUAAACUGAUAGCAAAAGUAUUCCUAUAUCAAAUAUUAACGUGGAAUCUAUUGUUCUUUUCUUCUGACAAUUUAUUAGACACAUUGUUAACACUGUGAUAAACAUUCACCUGCCUUCAGAAGUGCGUCAGUUAUUCAUGGCGUGUAUCCUAGAAACAAUCCUCCAUCCUGAAACCGGUUUGAGUUUCCCGGGCCUGACGUCACUGCCAACGCUCACUCAUUGGCCCAGUUUAGGAAGACCAAGCGUUCCCAGGACAACAAAACGCUAAACAACUGACCGAGGUAACCUGCGGCAGCUACUGACCCGCUCAGAAACACCGAGGAUUAACAUUCGCUUCAGUACAUUCGAAGUUUUCUGCGUUAAAGAAAGUUAAAGGCUUGAGUUGAGAAAGCGGGAAUCCAGGAGAAGAACCUCAAACAUGAGUGGUAACAGGAUGUACAGCCACCAGCAGAGGUUAAUGGCUCAGCGGCGGGUCCAGGAGCAGCACCGGCAGCAGGAGGCCCAGCGGGUGGACAGAGAGCGGCAGGUCCAGGCCAGCCUGAGGGAGGAGGAGGGCUUCGAGAGGAGGAGGUAUCUGCGACAGGUGCAGCAGGAGCUCAAGGAGAAGCAGAUAGAGAGCGCACUGCUCAAGGCAGAGGAGGAUCGAGUUAACCGGGAAAAGCAGCUUGAACAGGAAGAGAGAAUGGCCAGGGAGCUGGCCCGCAUCAACCACGAUAAGCAGAAAGAGGAGAAAAUGAGGCAGUAUAUCAAAGAGAACAGCACGGAGCUUCGAGAGCUGGAGUUGAAGCUGAAAUCUGCGUACCUGAACAAGGACAGAGCCGCACAGAUUGCUGAGCAGGAGGCCAUGAGGUUUGAGACAAUGCGGGAAGAGGCAGACUACGCUCGCAAGAUGAGGAGCGACCGGGAGCGGGUAGCCGUUGAGCAGCAGAAGCUGCAGCAGAAGCGCCAGGAGGAGAUGGUGCAGUAUCAGAAAGAGCUGGAGCAGCAGCUCAUGGAGAGGGAGCGCAGGAGACAGGAAGCGUAUGAGGAAUUCCUCAAAGAGAAGCUCAUGGUGGACGAGAUCGUCAGGAAGAUUUACGAGGAGGAUCAGACGGAGCGGCAGCUGAAACUGGAGAAAGUCCGAGCCACUCAGCAGCAUAUCGAAGAGUUCAAGAGACAGCAGGCCGAGUGGAGGCGCAUGGAGCGAGAAAGGAUGGAGGCCGAGAACCGGCGCAUCAUGGAGUUUGCCAUGCAGCAACAGCACAUGGAGAAGGACAGGAUAGCCAAGCUCAAAGAGAGAGAAGAGGCGAAGGAGCAUCUUCAUAAAUUGCUCUGCGUGAAGAUUGAGGAGGAGCGGCAACAGCGUGAAGAGAUGGAGCGCGUUCGUCAGGAGCUUUAUUUGGAAGAGCAAGAAGAGGCUAACAGGCAGAGAGAAAUCGAGGAGAUGGAGAAGAAAAUCAGACAGAGGCUGAUGAUGCAACAGACCUUCCAGGAGCAGCUGGCUUUCAAAGAGAUGCGGAGGCAGGCUGAGAAAGAGGAAGAGGAGGCCUUCAGGAAGAUGAUGAUGGCCAAGUUCGCAGAGGACGACCGUAUAGAGCAGAUGAACGCCCAGAAACGACGCAUGAAGCAGCUUGAACACAAACGUGAGGUGGAGAAACUAAUAGAGGACAGAAGACGACAGCAGGAGGCCGACAUGGAGCUGGAGGCUAAAGAGAGAGCGAUUGAGGAGCAGAAAGAGGCGUUGCGGAGACAGAUCGUUGAAGAAGAGAGGCAGAGGCUUCUGAAGCGUCAUGCGACACAACUCCUUGGAUACUUGCCUAAGGGCUUGCUGCGGGAGGAUGACCUGGAACACUUAGACGAAGACUUCAGAAAACACUUUAAAACACGUCAGGCUGAUGCGUUCUCUGAUGAUGGCUGGGAGGCCAACGAUUAGAUGCUUCUCCUCCAAUCUGCCACUAGAGGG